GGAUAUGAUCCAUCCACCAGAACAACAACAACAACAACUUCCCAUUAAGGAUAUUGCAAGUCCCAUAAGCACUGAUCAACUAUUUGAACUUUGUGAUCAAGAAUUAUUCCCUGAAACUCUACAAAAUUCUGAAGUCUCUUCUUGCUCAAACUGUUGUUAUGAAGAGAAUUCUUACACUACUAAUCUCUCCUUCUCUUCUUUCUCUUCAUUCCCUUCUGAUAGAGGAAAAUCCAAUAAUAAUAAUAAUAAUAACAGUAACACCAACAGUAGUAGUACCUUAACACCAACCAACACCAACAAUAAUCUCUCUAUCAUCUUUGAUUGCAGUACUCAAGAUGAGAAUGAUAAUGAUAUUUCAGCUUCCAUAGAUUUUUCUCCACAAUCAACAUUUUCAAAUGUCCCUUCACUGUUAACAACACAACAAGACCACCAAUCAAUAGAUCUCUCUUCACUUCAAUGUCAAAUUCCAUUAACAGAUGUUGGUAAUGGGUUCUCAUCUUACUGUACUGACCCAGUUGUUUCUCUUAAAGGACCACCUUCAUUACCUUCUGUUUUUGAAGAUGAUUGCUUAUCUCCAUUACCUUCGUAUGUUCGUUUGGAUCCAUCUUCUCCUUCAUGUUCUUUCCUUGAUCAAACUUUAGGAUCUUUCUUGCCUGGGAGUUUGAGUACAAGAAUUACUGGUGAUGCAUCUGGGGUUUUUGCUGGAAAUAUUCUUUUGGGUUCAGAUUUGCAUCCACAAGAAUUGGAAUUUCAAGGUGAUAACUGUGGAGUUUAUGGUUCUGAUCCAUUGCAACAGGUUUACAACUCUGGAGAUAUACAGGCCCUUCAUAAUGAUAGCUCCCAAUUGGUUAAUGGUGGUGGGACUUCUACUCUAACAUCAGAAAUCUCCACUUUGGAAGAAUCCACUUAUAAAGUUGGAAAACUCUCUGUUGAAGAAAGGAAGGAGAAGAUUCAUAGAUACAUGAAGAAGAGAAAUGAGCGGAACUUCAGUAAGAAAAUCAAGUAUGCAUGCCGCAAGACACUUGCGGAUAGCCGUCCUCGUGUUAGAGGAAGAUUUGCAAAGAACGAUGAUUUCGGAGAGGCUGUGAGACCUAGUUGCAGCAAUCAUGAAGAUGAAGAUGAUGAAGAAGUGGGAAUGAAAGAAGAGGAAAUGGUUGAUCAUUCAGAUAUUUUUGCUCAUAUAAGUGGGGUGAAUUCCUUCAAAUGCAACUUUCCAAUCCAAUCCUGGAUAUGAAGAAGAUCGAUCGUCUUCACGGUGAGAUCGUGUGGCUACAAUUUUGCAAGAUCCCCUCAUCUCAAUGGAGCUGAUAAUUGUUCCUUCCAAUUACAAUAAAAUGAUGGGGUUGGAUAAUUGUUACUUCUCUAUAUUAACAAUAAUUGAGAUUUUAUAUAUUAAGGAAAUACCAUUUUUAUUUUUGUAGAUAUUAUUCCCAUUUCCAUGAAAUUUUUUGCUGAA